CUGUCUGCCCCUUCAGAUUCCAUCUCUCAAUGCUCCCUCUUCACACCAUCUCUUCCGUCUUUUCCUAUCUUUCGCAGUCUGUCUCCGUGCAAGACCAACAAUUUUACCAUAAUUGAAAAAAAAAUUAAUUUUCAGUGCGUUUCUGCAUGAAAAGGUUUUCUAGCAAAAUCCACUUUGUGCAUUGGUUCAUUGUCAGGUUGCUAUUUUGGAGGCUGUUUUCUUGAUAAGAUUUUCUCCAGGGAUUGGCAGUAACCGGCCAGAAGGUUAGAGGGAAAUCCUUUGCCUAUAUGGGUACAAAGAGUCUUAAGAAGAAAGGGCAUGAGAAAGAGAAAAUGCACAAUGCAGAGGAAUUCUUUUGCAAUGAAGAUGAAAAAAAUAAAGGAGUAUGGUGUUAAUGGCAAUGAUGUUGAACUAAGUCAUACUGAAAUGGAGGCUGUUAAAAUUGAGGAUGGCCUAAAUAAUCAAGAGAUAGAAAAUGAAAAGAAGAAGAAGAAGAAGAAGAAGAAGAAGAAGAAAAAGCAUGAGAAUGGAAACUCCGAGUGAGGUAGUGCCAAUGUAGAAUCUCAGGUAAUGAAAAAUGCGGAUGAUGGGCAUAGAAUCUCUAAUAGGGAAGAUAUCUCUGAGAUGAUUAAUGACAAAGAAGUAGAUCAAAGAAAGAAAAAAAGUAAGAAACAUAAACCGCACAAAGAUGCAGUUCAUGAUCAUGUAAUAAAAAGUGAAACAAAUAGAGAAGAGGUUGAAAAUGGAAGUUAUCAUGUCUAUGUCCAGAAUCCAAAGAAGGAGAGGAAGAAAAAGAAGGUGCAGCAUAAUGUGAAUUUGGAGAGUAGAUCAACAAAAAUCAUGGCUGAGACACUCAAUAAUGAAAGUAACAGAAUAGAAGAUGUGGGUACCACAGAUUUAGCUGAAAAUCAGGUUGGAAAUGGAAAGUUACGAGCUCAUACUUGUUAUGCAGCAGAUGGAAAAGAUAAGAAGAAGCGGAAAAGAAACGAGGACAUUGGUGGUGUUGGUCUAAUAAAUGAUGGUGUAAUUGAUGGAGAAGAUGUUGGAAAUGAAAGGGAAUGCUUGGUUGGAAAUAUCAUGAAAAAGGUUGAUCAUUCAGUGAAGGAUAGGAAGAAAAAGAAAAAACAUGAUGGAUUGGAAGGAAAAAUUGGUGAAAGAGAACAGGGAUUGGGUGGAGGCUUUGAGGUUACUGAUUCAUCAGAACAGUCUACACCAAAUAAAGUUAAGAGAGUAAGUUUUUUUUGAAAAUGCGGAGGUUUUCUCUUUUUCUGAAGGUCCUAGUAAUGACGGGACUCGAAAAGACAAAUGGUGCGAGUGAUACGGAUUGAGGGAGUAAGGUGAAGGACCCUUUAGCUCUACCUAUCGGGCCAAUCACAAGAGCUU